UAUCACUACGACCGCCAUUAAAAGACCACCACCAAAUUUCAAAACCCUAAUACAGUUCUGGGGGAGCUUCAACGAGAACCAGUCGCCUCUUCUACUUUCUUCUUUGUUGCCCGUAUUUUCCUUACGUUCAAUUGCUGAAUUCUUCUCCUUCUUAAGAGUAUUUGUUUCGGAACCUGAGUUCGGUGUUUGGCUGCGGGGAAAUUCUACGAAAAUGGAAAGGAAAAAAAAGCAGGAAGUAGAAUCUUAAAGGCUCCUCCUAAUGCCUCUCCUUAACUUACUUGACGUGACAUCUUAUCUCCUCUCUAUAUUCCCAAUUUUGUUUUCUUCUUUCUUCUUCCUUGGUUUUCCCGGGGACCGAACACUGUGAAUUUAAGUUCCUUUCUUUCGGUAGAGUUGGGGGUUUUAAGAAAUGGGCUCUGCUCAAGGGUUUACCCCGUUGACUGAAUUUGGUGUUUCGUCUUCUUCGUGUAUCUCUCUUCAACUUCAACGGAGCCGAAUUUUCUUUCAUCGAACUCAUAAGAAUUUCUGGGGAAGAAGGACUUCUGCCAGGGUUUGUCCCAUAAUUUGUUGCAAACAGCAAAACCCGGGUAAGUUUCGAGAGUUUAGGUUAUUCAAAUCCGUUGAGUUGGACCAGUUCUUGACCAGCGACGACGAAGAUGAAAUGGGGGAAGGUUUCUUUGAGGCAAUUGAGGAAUUGGAGCGAAUGACCAGAGAACCAAGUGAUGUGCUUGAGGAAAUGAACGACCGGUUAUCGGCGAGGGAGUUGCAGCUUGUGCUUGUGUACUUUUCUCAGGAGGGUAGGGACUCGUGGUGUGCAUUAGAGGUGUUCGAGUGGCUUAGAAAGGAGAAUCGAGUUGAUAAGGAGACCAUGGAGCUUAUGGUUACAUUGAUGUGUAGUUGGAUUAAGAAGCUAAUUGAAGCGGAGCAUGAUGUUGCGGAUGUGGUUGACCUUCUUGUGGACAUGGAUUGUGUUGGUUUGAGGCCGAGUUUUAGCAUGAUGGAGAAGGUCAUAUCUUUGUACUGGGAAAUGGGUGAGAAGGAGAGAGCCAUUUUGUUUGUGAAAGAAGUUUUACAACGUGGGAUUGCUUACUCGGAGGGUGAUGGAGACAAACACAAGGAAGGGCCUACUGGAUAUCUUGCUUGGAAGAUGAUGGUUGAGGGUAAUUACAUGGAUGCAGUCAAGUUGGUGGUUGACCUAAGAGAAUCUGGGUUGAAACCAGAGGUCUAUAGCUAUCUCAUUGCAAUGACAGCUGCAGUUAAAGAGCUCAAUGAAUUUGCAAAAGCUUUGCGCAAGUUGAAAGGUUUUGCUAGAGGCGGGUUGAUAACUGAACUUGACACGGAAAGUAUUGAGCUUGUUGAGAAAUAUCAGUCAGAUCUUCUAGCUGAUGGAGUGCGCUUAUCCAACUGGGCAAUUCAAGAAGGAAAUUCUUCAUUCCACGGGGUGGUUCAUGAAAGACUCCUUGCUAUGUAUAUUUGUGCAGGCCGUGGAAUAGAGGCAGAAAGGCAAUUAUGGGAAAUGAAGCUCGUUGGUAAGGAGGCUGAUGGGGACCUCCAUGACAUUGUUUUAGCCAUUUUGGCCUCUCAAAAAGAGACUAGUGCUAUAGCAAGAAUGCUUACUAAGGUGGAGGUUUCUAGCUCUCUGCGUAAGAAGAAAAGCCUGUCAUGGUUGUUAAGAGGUUUCAUUAAAGGGGGCCACUUUGAUAAAGCUGCAGAAACAGUAUUCAAAAUGCUUGAUUUGGGUUUGUGUCCUGAGUAUUUGGAUAGGGCUGCUGUGCUGCAGGGGCUGCGAAAGAGAAUCCAAGGACCUGGUAGUGUGGAAAGUUACCUCAAACUAUGCAAGCGCCUUGCUGACAAUGGUUUGAUUGGACCUUGUCUUAUAUAUCUGUAUAUAAAGAAAUAUAAGCUUUGGAUCAUAAAAAAGCUCUGAAGGAUAUUGGUUUGGUUAAACCAUCUUUUAAAAGUAUAGUUAGGUGAUACUACAAUGGCUCAAAUACCUAUAAAUUCUCAACGCUCUUCAUACGUAAAUUUUGUAUAGUACAUGUGUUGAUAUGUACGGCUUUGAGCAAUGCAGUUGGUCGGCAGAUCAACUGAAUUGCUCAAAAAAUGUUUACUUGAAUCUCUGGUGACUACUUAAAAAAAUGUAAUUAAGCUGAUUAGUUGGAUGAUGUAGAUUAUUAUGUGUGAUACAUGCAAAUCCUACGCUUAUGGUGUUCUCAGCAUUAAUAAAAAUCUUAAAACAGGGAGAGGGUCUUGGUUUGUCUUAUUCA